AUGCAAUCGUUAGGUAAACGGAUCGAUCUAUCUAUACUUUUAAAUUCAGAUAUUUUAUCUAUUUAUUUUUAUUUAUAUGCUCAAGUCAAACAAUCAGACAGUGAUGGUGAUCGUAUUUCAUUAUUUGCAUUAGAAUUCAAAGCUAUUGUUGUUGUUGUUAGUGCAUUAAAUACUUUUGUAUCAAUAUAUGUUACAGAUAAACUUGCUGUUGCCAAAUCAUCACAAUCAAAAGGAUUUUCAAUAAAAUUAUCAUAUUCACAAUUACUUAAAGAAAGACAAUCAUCAAAUGAUAAAAAACUUGCACCAUAUAAUUCAAUAUUGGGUGUCGCUUCAUCAAAUGUAGCUGCUUAUUCAAAUGGUAAUGAUAGUUAUAUAUCAUAUGAAGAUAGUUAUUUAUAUGGAAUAUAUAUGGGAAUAAAAUGGCAAUGUGUUGAAUAUGCACGUCGAUGGACUUUUUUACGUAAAAGUUCAGUAUUUGAAAGAGUUAUAGGUGCUAAUGAUAUAUGGAAUCAGAUAUAUUAUAUUGAAAGAGUUAUUGAUAAAGAAAAAAUUCCAUUAAAAAAACAUUCAAAUGGUUCUCCAAAUCGACCAA